AUGAUGAGAGACGACGAUGGUGGUGAUGAUGAUCAACGCCGCGAGGGUUCGCCGGGUGAGAAGAGAUCGUUUGAUCUUAUGGCGAGGUUGUUUGUCGAUUUCGUUGAUGAGGAAACAAAAGCCAGACGAGGCAACGAAGAAGAAGAAGAGAGAAACAGUGUAGGGACGAAAUCUUUCUUCGGAAAGCGAAAGACUGAUGCGGUCGACGAUAGUCAACAAAACCCUAACCGUCAUGAUGCUUCUUCUUCAAGUAUGUCCGACGACGAACCUAUCAGAGAAACAAAGCCUAAUUCGGUCAGAGGUAAGUCGGUGAAAGGUUUAACGAAACGAGGGAAGGUUCUCCGAGGAUCGGGCUCCUCUCAAGGGUAUGAGAAUGAGAACAUGGAGGUGGUUCCAUACGCCGAAUCUUUCUUGGGAAAACGAAAGAUUGAUGAGUUCGAGAGUCAACAGCAAAACCCUAACCGUCAUGAUGCUUCUUCUUCAAGUAUGUCCUGCGUAGCGUCCAAGAGGCGUCUUCUGGUACCCGACGGCGAACCGAUCAGAGCGGAGCCGAUUAGAGAAAUAAAGCCGCCGGUCAGAAGUAGAAUAAAACCGGCCAUAAGAGAGCCGGUCAGAAGAGAGAGGGCGGUGAUGCCGGAAUGGGUGGUUGACCGGAUGAGAGAAGAGAACGCUACAGAUGCAAAGCUGAUCACGGAGAAGGGUAUUAAGGCGAGUGAUCUCAGUACACAACUGGCUCGUCUCUUGAUUCCAUUCAACCAAAUGGAGGAGAUGGACUUCUUGAACGAGGCAGAGCAAAUCAUCAUUGAGGAACACCGCAGCAAGAUUAGCAAAAAGGGAGUUCCUGUGAACUUGGUGAGUGACAGUGGCCGUGACCGUGACCGUAACCGUAAACAGUGGAAGCUUAACCUCAAGAGAUGGGAUAUGAAGACCAGUUGCAAUUACGUUCUGAAUUCUGGAUGGAACGAUGUCUCCGGCCAUCACAGGCUGCGAGUUGAUCAAAUUAUUCGCCUCUGGUCCUUCCACUCCCAACGUGGGAAGCGGGAGCUCUUUUUUGCUCUCGAACUCGUUCCGCCGCCUCCAGCUCCGGCCAUGGCUCUAGCUCCGGCUUUGGCUCAAGCUCAGGAUCCAGUUCCAGCUGCAGCUUCAUCUUCAACACCGGUUCCGGUUGCAACUAGAGAUUCUGAAGAGCUACAUAUUGCUCGCGAACUCGUUCCGCCGCCUCCUGCUCCGGCUAUGGCUCCAGAACCGGCUUUGGCUCCAGCUCAGGCUCCAGCUCCACUUCCAGCUGCAGCUUCAUCUUCAACUCCGGCUCCGGUUGCAACUAGAGAUUCUGAAGAGCUAUCUAUAGGUGAAGCUAGUCGCCUCGAGGCCCAAGAAGAGACAAAUACAAGGACCUCACCACCCCUUUCCCCCAGAGGUCUAAGGGCGGCGGAAAUCCUGGUCCUCUUAUCAAGAAGAGGUUCCGGCCAAAACAGCUAA